AUGUCUUCAAAAGCAGUUUCACAAAAACCAACAUCUUCUAUUAUAACUUAUGCAGUUCUAGCGGCUGCUGCUGUCGGUUUUUUAGCGGUAUUUGUAUAUAGAAGAAUAUAUCCACAAUCGCGACGUGGAACUAGAGACGAAGACAAUGAGACUCCAUCACAUCCUGAAACACGCCGAGUUACGCGCACAGAAAGAGAUCAAAGGAAUCUUGCAUCUAGGUUAUUUAGGAAUACACUGUUACCACCAAAGAAGAAAACCAUAUCCAUUUCAAUGAAGAAUACAUUAUUAUGGAAUCCGUCGACUGACCCUGAUUCACCAAAUCAUGCAUUUUACGAGAGUAUCGUUCCUUUUCUUCAUCAAUUAUCCAAAAUAUAUGUGAUCCAUCUCGUUUGUCCAGUCUCUAGCACACAAGAAAAAGAACAAAUUCUUGGGCUUCUUCGUAGUGCAAAAUUAUUUAGUUCUAAAGUUAUUGACGAAAGACGAGUACUAUUUUGUGAAAGUGAUGAAGGAAAGAUUCAUAUAAUUCGUCAUCUUGAAGCAAGUGUUCAUGUUGAAGGCGGUGUAAAUGGUGAAGAAGCUGUUGAAAUGGUUAGAGGAUUUGUUGGUAGUGUCCUUUGGGCGAUAAGGGGCGGUAAUAGUGAACCUGUAAAUCGAUCAGAAGCUAAUGAAGUUAAAGCAAAUGUUGAUAGAAGUCAAUGGUCAAAUGUUGAAAUUUCUGGAAAUUUAUGGACAAGCAAUUUGACCUUUGAAGUUAGGGGACGAUGA